AUGGCUAUAUCCACUGUAGCUGUGAUAGGGAUGGAGCGGAUCCUGACAAUGAGGUUCCCUUUGAAGAGUGAGACUCUGAUCACUAACGUGCGGUGUAUCUUCGUCCUGCUCCUAACCUGGGUUAUUGUAGCUUGUCUCCUCGCUCAGGAGAUCUUCUCUCAGCACGUCACCGUCUACAUGAUGCCUGCUUACCAGUGCAUUGCUAGCUACGGCUCUGCUAAUGAUGUUGAGUUCAUCAUCUGGACCAGCAUGGCUGUUAACUCUGUCAGCUUCUUCAUCAUCAUUGUUGCUAGUGUCUACACCUUCUUCACUCUCCUCAAACUCCGCCGUAAAGCUCAAACUCAGAUGGGGGAAGCGAAGGACGCGUCACAAACGAAGAUGAUCAUGACAGCAACAAUCCUGACUCUGAUGUGUAUUGACACGAGCACCUGGUUGCCCCAGUACGUUGCCACAACCCUGCGGUACCUCCUCCCCGACACCCCUCUCUACUACACCCUGGUGGAGUACAACCUCCGUACAUCUGUCUGGUGGAUCCAGUACCUCUCCCCUGCUCUCAACCCUGUUAUUUACGCGCUCCGGCUCAAGGCAGUGCGCCGUGAGAUUCUGGUGCAGACGAAAGCGUUCGCACAGCUGGUAUAUCCGGACUACAAGAGGAAUAGUGUGAAUGCAGUUGCAGUUCAUGUUCCCAUGCUGAACAGGACCAGGGGUGAUAGUUGCUGGAGUGAGGGAGGCCAUGUUAAGUCUCCUGUAAAAUAA